UAAUCCACAGUACAAGGCUUCACUGUUAUCACCUCAAAACUUCUGUGAAUCACUCUGUUGCAUAUUAUAUCAGCCAUGCUAGAAGGCAAGGCAGUGAUCGAAGAGACCGAUAUGCUUCAAGCCAUGCAGCAUGAUGCUCUUGAUUUAGAUGCUAAAGCCCUCGAUUUCUUAGACGUCACAGAGUCCACCGACAUUGCUUGCUUCAUCAAGAAGGAAUUUGACAGAACACACGGACCGGGGUGGCAAUGCAUUGUCGGAACUGAUUUUGGUUCAUUUGUGACGCAUUGUUCGGGCUGUUUCAUUUAUUUCUCUGUCGGCAGCCUUGCGGUUUUACUUUUCCGAGGUUCUGCUGCUCCUUAGGCUGAUGAGGAAAACCGGUUUGCUGAUUUAGAUUUCUCCACUUCUUGUAACGUUGUAGUGUUGUACCAACUUUAGUCUUCUACUGUUGUUCCAACUCAUUAUUUUCCUUAAAGUAAUCGUGUUCGAUAUUUGUGCCCGAAAUAUAUUCAGUC